UGGGCCAAGUCUUCGACUGCUUCCUCAUCCGGUCCACUGAACCCUGGAUGACUCAAAAGACCCUCGAUACCGUCGGCCGCCGUUGCCCCCUCCUUCGCCGCCGCCGCCGCCGCAAGCGCCAUGAUCCGCGAACUCCGGCAGCGCAUCGCCCCUCUUCUCCUCCACUCCGUAUCCCUCGCCCCCGGCCCCCACACCUCCUCCCCCCUCGUCUCCCUCCGCAGCUACCUCUCCACCACCGCACCCACCAUUUCCCCCAAGCCCUUCGCCGUCGAGGACUACCUCGUCGCCACCUGCGGCCUCUCCCCGGCCCGGGCCCUCAAGGCGUCCAAGAAGAUCUCCCACCUCAAGUCCCCCUCCAAGCCCGACGCCGUCCUCGCCUUCCUCACCGGCCUCGGCGUCCCCCGCGCCGACGUCGCGACACUCGUUGCUGCCGACCCGAACUUCCUCUGCGCCAGCGUGGAGAGGACCCUCGCCCCCCGCGUCGCGGAGCUCUGCAACCUCGGUCUGUCGCGCUCUGAGGUCGCGCGCAUCAUCCCGGUCGCCCUUUAUUCCUUCCGCAGAUGCUCCCUCGGCCGCACGGUUAGUUUCUGGCUUCCGGUCUUUGGCUCCUUCGAUAAGUUGCUGCAAGGCCUCAGGAACAACGCCGGCAUCUUCACUGUCGACUUCGAGAGUGUGGCCAAGCCUAACCUGGACUUUCUCCAGCAGUGUGGGCUAAGUGCUUGUGAAAUUGUCGGCGUGAAUAAGUACUCCAGCCGACUGUUGACUAUGAAGCCCGAGUGUCUCCGUGAGGCUGCUGAGCGAGUGGAGGAGUUAGGCAUUAAGAGGAACUCACCAAUGUUCCGCCAUGCAUUUUGUUUAGUUGCUUUCGUGAGCCAAGAGGAUGUCGCUAAGAAAAUAGGGCUGUUUAAGAAGAUUGGGUUUUCACAACACCAUGCCUUGGAGAUUGUGAGGAAAGCGCCACUUGUCCUGGGUGCAAGUGAGAACAGGAUUCGGAGGGUUGUAGAUUUCUUGACGAGGGAUGUUGGUCUUGAGGCACAUUACAUUGCGCAACGUCCAGCGCUGAUCAUGUAUAGCCUUGAGCGGCGGUUAUUGCCCCGGCAUCAUCUGCUCAGUGUUCUCAGGUCAAAGGGUUUCUGCAAUCUUGAGUUAAACUACUAUACAGCAUCAAUGGUUGAAAAGACUUUCAUGCAAAAGUUUGUGACUCCAUAUAAGGACAAUGUCCCAGGCCUUGCUGAAGAUUAUACCUCCAGACGUUCCUGUAUGAGUAGGCUGCUUGUAAAGGAGCCUUAACUGGAUGAGGGUAGAUCUUGUUCCAGAAAAGUACAAGUUGAUUGUUGCACAGGGCAAGGCCAUUGCCUCAAUUGAUUCCUCCAAUCUUUCAUUUUUCUACUGGGGAACAUAUUGAUAUUGACACACCAUUUGGUUCUUGGUAUAACUAAUGUUCUAGCUACAUGCUUGUGAUCAACUUAUCAUUAUUGUUUGGUUUAAUGAUGAAAUCUGAAACAGAUUAGUGAAAUACAGCAAGUUAGCAGCAUACUUUUGGUGUUUUAUGUGAUCCUGCAUUUUUCGGCUUGCGGUGGCUUUCUUCUUGUAUAACAAAGUUGGUAACUUGGUAUCUGUUGACUUCUCUACGGCUUAAGUGGCAGGAUACAUGGACAAUUUAGACCUAAUGCUCCUAUUGGUACUAGUAGAGUCGGAUUGGCCUGAAUCUAGUGCACCCACCAGCCUAGUUUGGUAAUUUGGCAGUUGUGUUGUGAUAACCACUAGUUCUGCCUCAGCUGCUGCAUGCUUGUUGGUCACCAGAAUUUUGGAAGCUUAUUUGAAGAUUGCAUUGACAAUCAGUUCAUCAGUGAUCACUUUGCUUGCUAUGCACAAAAAGUAGAAGAUGAUCGUGCUGCAAGUUUGCCUUCAUAGUUCUAGAAGUCAGAAGUGAAUCAUAACUAAUGUUUAUCUGCCCCUGUUCUGUAGGCUGGCUGGAUGUUGUAUUUUGUUGAUGCUGUUGCUGCAUCUGUUGUUUAAGGUCUUGUGUCCUUCAUUGAAUCACUUUGUGUUGAUUAAUCUAAAUUGUUGAUGUGUUUGUUUA